ACCCACACCCCCCCGCUCCACCCCCCCACCUGUCCCUCGUGGUCACGCUCGCAGGGGAAUUCCUUCGCCCUUAAUUAAUUACGCUCCGGAAGGGAAUCUUUUGGGAGGUGGUGGUGAAUGUGCUCGCCGUCGUGGCUGUGCUGCUCCUACUCCUCGUGCGGUCAAAAAAUUUAUACUUUUUAGAGAGUGGGAGAGCGAGACAGAGGAAAGGAAAAAACGUCACCUUUAACCCCUUUCCUUCAAGUUGAAGUCUCAAUUUCUCCUCUCUCUUUUCUCUCUUAUGUGGGCUUUGGGAGCCAUAUGAGACUUGGAAUCGAGAGGGGGGAUUGGUUGGUGUAGAGCGGAGGAGCGAAGAAUGAGAGAGGUCGUGAAGGAUGGGCAACUGCGGAACCCGGGAGGAGAAUGCCGUCGUCGCUGCUCACGCCCAAGUUCAGCAGCUCCAGAUGUUCCAACUUCCUGCUAAGAAUGCACUUCCUGAGAAGAAGCACCACCGCUCUUUCUCGGACAUGAGCGAACCUUCAACCCCUCGAAACGUCGAAGAUGCAAGGAAUAUUGCAAUAUACACCAAUGUGAUUGCCUUCACUUUGUUUGAGCUUGAGACAAUCACAAAGAGCUUCCGUCCAGACUACGUUCUUGGUGAAGGAGGAUUUGGGACUGUCUACAAGGGAUACAUAGAUGAGAAUGUGAGGGUCGGUCUCAAAUCCCUUCCUGUUGCCGUCAAGGUCCUCAAUAAAGAUGGUCAUCAAGGGCAUAGAGAAUGGCUUACAGAGGUUAAUUUCUUAGGACAGCUCAGGCAUCCUAAUCUAGUGAAGUUGAUUGGAUAUUGCUGCGAGCAUGAUCACAGGCUGCUUGUCUAUGAGUUUAUGUUCCGGGGGAGCCUUGAGAAUCACUUAUUUCGAAAGACAGCUGCUCCAUUAUCUUGGGCAACAAGAAUGUCAAUUGCUCUUGGUGCUGCUCAAGGGCUAGCUUUCCUUCACAAUGCGGAAAGGCCUGUCAUUUACCGAGAUUUUAAGACAUCAAAUAUUUUGUUGGACUCUGAUUAUACAGCGAAGCUUUCUGAUUUUGGCCUUGCAAAAGCUGGACCACAGGGUGAUGACACCCAUGUGUCAACACGGGUAAUGGGAACCUAUGGAUAUGCUGCUCCUGAAUAUGUAAUGACUGGUCACUUGACAGCUAGGAGUGAUGUCUACAGCUUUGGGGUUGUCCUUCUCGAGCUCUUAACAGGACAGCGGUCUGUGGACAAGACCCGUCCCUGCAAGGAGCAUAGCUUGGUUGACUGGGCUCGCCCCAAGCUUAAUGACAAGAGAAAGAUGCUGCAGAUCAUUGACCCCAGGUUGGAGGGUCAGUAUUCAGUGCGAGCUGCCCAGAAGGCCUGUAGCCUGGCAUAUUACUGCUUGAGCCAAAACCCAAAAGCAAGGCCCCUUAUGAGUGAUGUUGUGGAGACUCUUGAGCCCCUUCAGAGCAGCAGCGGGAGCAAGGUUUCAGGUCAUGCCCCAGUGAGCGAUGGCCUUCCUGACUACCGGAUGCACCGCAGGAUCACGGGGAAUGGUGUUGGAUGUAGAGCAAGUCCUAGCCCAAAAUGUUCCCCCAGUCCUGUGGCAGCAUGCAGGGUGAGGUGAGUCCUAUAUUUUUCUUCUCUGGAAUAGGUUCACUUAUUGUAUAUUGACAAUCUAGUUGCGCUGUUUGUGUGGGUUUUUGCUUCUCUGCUAUUCUUGUGAUGUAAAUGUGAUCCACCCACUGUUGCUGUUUGUAAGGUCUUUUAUUUUCACUACCCGUCUUUAUGUAUCUCAACUGAGGCAACCCUUACCAAAUGGGCUGGGGUUUCAUUUUACUAAUGGAAGCUAGUUGAACUGAAAAAAACUGAUCUUAAAUCUAUAAGGAAAUAAAAUUUGGAAGUCUUUAUGCAGUA